GUGACCUGAACGCAGCAUAAACAUGCGCAGACAUGGCGUUUCGUGCGUCUCCUUGGCGACGGAGUGGAACCGGAAUGAUGGAGGAGCGAUGGAGAGGCGCAGAAUGAAUUAUGGAAGGAUGAGUGCUGAAGCAGCCGACCGGGUGGCUGCUGUGACCAGCGGUCGGCCCAGUACGCCUCUGCAGACGUCCUGGUUUGAGUUCCUCCUGGACGGCAGCCUGCUGGAGAAACACCUGCGGAAAUCAAAUGCAGACCCGACUCCGGUGCAGCUGAUCGUCCAGUUCCUGGAGCAGGCGUCCAAACCGUCGGUGAACGAGCAGAAUCAGGUUCAGCCUCCAGCAGACAACCGCAGGAACCGAACGCUGAAGCUGCUGGCGCUGAAGGUCGCCGCACACAUGAAGUGGGACCUGGAUUCACUGGAGAAAGGACUGACCAUCCCAGUGUUGAACAUGCUGCUGAAUGAGCUGCUGUGUGUCAGCAAAGUGCCUCCAGGUGUGAAACAUGUGGAUCUGGAUCUGUCCACUCUGCCUCCGACCACCGCCAUGGCAGUGAUCAUCUACAACCGCUGGGCCAUCAGAACCAUCGUGCUGAGCAGCUUUCCAGAGAAACAAACCAAACCAGGACCUCAUCAGAUAAACAUGUUAAAUAUCGUGCAGCAGGAGAAAGAAAUGACAGAAAACAUCCUGACUGUGCUGAAGGAGCAGGCGACCGACUCCAUCACCGUCCUGGAAGGAGCUCUGCAGCUGAAGAAGGACUUCUACGUCCACACUCUGAGGACUCUGGACCUGCUGGCCGCUGACGCUGCCGCUAACGGAGAAACCGAAUCCUCCACAGCCGGGCUUCGAAUCAGCGCCGAUGACCUGCACUGUCAGGUGCAUUAUGAUCUGGGAGGUAUUUUCUUCCAACAAGGCUGCACCGACCAGCCAACCUAUGAGAAGGCCAGAGAUCACUUCAGACAGACCAAGGAGCUCUUGAAGAAGGUAGUUAGACUCGAUUUCAACCCGUCCAACGUCCACCUGGACGAGAAGCGUCUGGCCGGUUACUGGAACGCCUGCAGAGCUCUGACCGGAGACUGCGACCCCCAGACGACCCCCUACGACCAGAUCAACAGCCUGAUCCGAGCCCACAACCACCAGGCCGUCAUGGAAGCCUUCAUCAAAGACAACGUGUCCCGCAGUUUACCGAACCACUUCAGACGCUCGGUUCUCAGAGAGUUCUUGUACAAAGUCCAGCAGGGGGAGUCCGGUCUGGAUGAAGUUUGUCAUCAACUUUGUGUCUGUAACGCCGUGAGAGACGCUCUGGAAGGAGAAAUCCUCAGCAUUCGUUUCCAGCAGCUGCUCCUCAAGCCUAGUAAACGGAUCGUGGACUUCAUCUUAGAGGUGGUCUACGAUAAAGGAGAGAUCUACUCGUUCUCCAAGCACGGACGUUUUUGGCACGAGAUAAAGAUGAACUACUCUCCGUACACGAACUACUUCACCCGAGUCUUCUGGAAUCGCUCGUAUCACGUCUACAAAGUGAACUCCGUCAUCUCCUUCCAGUACUGACGGCAGAUCGGACUCCUCUCGUAUUUAAGAUCUCAUCCACAGUUGGACACUCUGGGCUUCUGCAAGCGUCUCGUCACUGUUACGUCGAAGCCGCACGUUCAGCAGGGAUCGGCUGAGGACGCCGCACCGACCUCCACGUGCCGAAGUCGAAACACGCCAUAUUAAUCACUGUACUGUACUUUUAUAAGCCAUGCGUUACUGUCAAUGUUACUGUGAGGCAUUUAAUGAAGGGGGGGUGGAUGAGAGUCGUCUGUGGUCACUUUGUGCAGAAGCUGCUCAGAUUUAAACAAACAGCGGUCGUAUUUUCAGUCAUCUAUAUCUCAACAAUUGUCAUGAAAUUUACUACAAAUAGCACCGAAGGAGUUCCAUUAUCUGCUCACAUUUCCUCCAGAGUGGUUGACAUUUGUAUUAAAAUGUCUUUAGUGGACAGUUAGAGGAAAAACAAACGGAAGCUGUGGGGAAAGAGAUGAUCUGUACUGGCUGGGAAUUAAAACUUCUGAUUAGGAACCCUAAAAGACAUGGGUCAUCGGGUCGCCUUAUGGUGAAACAUUAUGACAAAUAUUGAACAGAUAGCCAUGAAAUUUUUGUACACGCAUUUGCAUUGACGAGCCAUAACAUUAAAACCACCGAAAUAACAUUUAUUCUUCAUUCUGA